AAAAAAAAAAAAACAUAUUACAAGCAAAUCAAUCAAUCAAUGGCAAGCAGUAAUAACAAUAGUAAUAGUAGCAAGAGAGGAGGAGGAGACGAAGAAUUGAAAGAAAUGACAGAGAUAAGCAAAACCCUAAAAGAAGGGGAGAGAAUUGUGGCUCCUAGCCGACGACCCGACGGUACUCUUAGAAAACCCAUUCGGAUUCGGGCUGGCUAUGUCCCCCAAGACGAAGUCGCCAUCUACCAAUCCAAAGGUGCCCUGUGGAGAAAGGAAAUGCAAUCUCAGGAAGUGCCUCCUGGUUAUGAUACUGACCCCCAUACAAAACCAAAAACUAAGUCCGUUAAAAGGAAUGAAAGAAAGAAGGAAAAGCGGCAUCAGCAGGCUGCACUUGAAAAGGGAAAAAAUACAGAAGCAAUCGAAGAUGGAAACAUGGUAAAGGGGGCGCUUCCAGAUGAAGAUUUAGGCCAUGCAUCUGACUCUGUUAAAUCGUUGACAUCUCAGAUGAAUGAGCUAGCUGUUUCUUCAAAUCCCGCUGUAGUUGGUCCUUCCUCGGACUUGGCAGAUGCUUCAAAUAUGGAGUCUCCGGUUCAAGAUAUUGAUAAGAGAAUUCGGGCUCUCAAAAAGAAGCAAACAAUGGAAGAUAACACGCGCAUUGUUGAUAUUAAAAAAUCUCAGUAAGAAUCUGAAGAUUUUACAGGUUUGAAAUUAGUUUCAGGCACAAUUAACAAAUCAAAUGGGCAUUUUCUGCAUAUUGGAUGAUGUGAUUGCUUUCUUUAAAUGUGCAUGUUUUAUUAUCAUGUUUUCUCAAAGUACCUUUUCUCUUUUCAACAUGUGUAUUGUGGGGUGUCUCUGAAUGUUUUUUACAAAGUCAUCCCCGAUUAUAAUGGAUAGAUGAAAAAAACAAUGACAGUUGAGGAAAAGUUGUAGAAACCUAUACAAUUGCUGAUGAUUGUGAGCACAAGAAUUGCAUGUCCUCUUAAAUAGUCAGGGCAGGACUCACAAUUUUGGGACCAAAAAAAUUACUACUAUUUCCUCAAGGGAGAAACAAGUAUUACUACUGUAAGCAUGUUACCUUUUCUCAUUAAAAUCCUAAGGUGAGUAUUAUUAAAGAUACAUCAAGCUGUAAGUUUCUUCAGUGCUAUUCAGUGUACAUCUGUUUUGCCUUAAUGAAGGAUGAACCAUCGUUUAUGAUUGCACAAGGGCUGAUGACAUAUGUGCUCUAAACUUGUAUUAUGCUAUUAUUAUGCAAAAUAACCCGUGAAGUCAAUGCAAAAGGGGGGAAGUAAUAAUCUUGCUCCGUUUGCAAAAUGAUGAACCAAACAAGUGUUGUGAUGAUUGCUGAUAA